AUGUGUGCCUCGAUCACCACAGACGUCAGCAACUAUGGGGCUCAGGGAUAUGGCGAUCCAAGCCAUAGGAUGAAAGCCUUGACCUGGCAAGGGAAGAAUUCGGUCAAAGUUGUGGAAACGGCUUGCCCAACGAUCAUCGAUGAAGGCGAUGUCAUACUUAAGGUGACGGGUAGCACCAUUUGUGGAAGUGACUUACACCUAUUCCACGAGGCUAUCCCAGAUCUCCACAAAGAUGAUAUCCUGGGCCACGAGUUCUGCGGUGUUAUCGCAAGCGUGGGGCCCGCAGUCAAGAAGGUUAAAGUAGGCGACCGCGUUGUGGCAUCCUUUCAAAUUGCCUGUGGGCAGUGUUAUUAUUGCAAGAAGAAGUUAUCCUCAAUGUGCGAGCGGACAAAUUCAAGCGAGGCAGCCUAUAAGCUAUAUGGACGUCGAACAGCUGGUAUGUUUGGAUACUCCCACUUUACGGGGGGCUUUGCUGGUGGGCAGGCGGAAUAUGUUCGUGUCCCAUACGGUGACGUGAAUCUUCUUCAGCUGCCUGACGACGUCCCUGAUGAAAAAGGUCUCUAUCUUUCUGAUGUUCUAGCAACAUCUUGGAACGCUGUUGUUGAUACUGGGGUUGAGGAGGGUGAUACUGUGGCAAUCUGGGGAGCUGGACCAGUUGGGCAAAUGGCCGCUGAGUUUAGCUUCUGCAAUGGUGCUAAUAGGGUUAUCCUUAUUGACGGCGGCCAUGGUAAAUGGCGACUAGACUUUGUCAAGAAGAUUCUACCCAAGCUUGAGACAAUCGAGUAUACGAAUCUCUCGAAGGGCGAGUCUGUUACCUCAACCCUGAAGAAAAUGUGUGACGGCCGUGGGCCUGAUGUGGCGAUUGAGUGCGCCGCUGGUGAGUAUACGAAAGGAUGGGGUCAUUACUUUGAGAGGCUGCUGGGUAUGGAAACGGAUACGCCUGAGCUUAUCAACGAGAUGAUUACCUCUGUCCGAGGGUUCGGGCGCUGUGGGAUCACGGGCGUAUAUGCCGGUUAUUGUAAUCACUUUAACAUCGGCUCCUUAAUGGAGACCGGGAUCCGUCUUAUUGGCAAUGGACAAGCCCCUGUACAAAAAUACUGGAAAGACCUGUUGAAAUAUAUUCAGCAGGAGAAGAUCCAUCCCCUACAUAUGGUCACCCAUCGGUUCAAGCUCGAGGACAUGGAGCAGGUUUAUGAUUUAUUCAAUAAGCGUGACCCGGGUAUGCAGAAGGUUUUCGUCCAGACAAAGUUUUCCGCCCCUCCAGCAGCAGGGACACCUGCGUUAACAGAACUCUGA